UCUUUAAAGAUUUUGAAACUUGUUUUUGUUUACAUUUUAAAAUGUUUUGUAAUUAAGUGUUCAAGUUUUCACUAAGAAAAUUAUUUACAAUUUAAAUCUUACGAUUGAUUUUCGUAUAUUAUUUUUUUUCGUUUAUUAACAUUAUUUUCUUUUUGUUAUUAACAUAAAAUGAAUAUGUCAACAGCUACGAAUAAUACAAAUUUUCAAUCGAAAAAUGAAAACAAAGAAAUCGAAUGGCCGUAUUAUAAAGGGAAUAAAGAUACAUUAAAAGAUUAUAUGCCUCUUCUUAUAAUGGAAAUACAUCGACUGCAACCUUUCUAUGACAACAUUAGGCCUCGAUUACAAGUGUUAAAUAGGCCAGAGCUGCAAAUUCGUAACGCUACGAUUAUUGGCAUUGUAAGGAAAACUUACAGUCGAAGUAGACUUGAUCUUAUGGUCGACGAUGGUACAGGGAGAAUGCAAGUAUUAUUCGAAUGGGACAAAAUAAAUAAACUCAAGGAAGAACGUAAAAAGAUAGAUUUGAAAUUCCAAAGAUUGAGCAAAAUUGCUGAAAUAAAAAACAGCGGACCAGAGGAAAUUCAAAAUUUAGAAAAACGAUGGAUGCAGGAAACGAAUAAUGGUAAAUUGGGUGUAGAUUAUCAAGUGUUGGAUUACGUUAAAGUCACAGGAUUUAUUGUUUUGGAUUAUGGACAGCGUAAAGUAUCGAAGAAGGAUGUAUCUCUAGAGAAAGGUUAUUUAUGCAAACCUAUUAUUCAUGCUGGUAACAUUCAACAUCAAACUGAAAAGGAAUACAACGAUCAAAUGCAAAACUGGAUUUUGGGUAAAAUCAAAAGUAGAUAUGUAAAAGAAAAAUAGUUUCAAAAAUCCGUUUUUAAAAAAUAUAAAAUUGAAUUUUGGGCCAAGUCAGAAAGACAAAAGUUGAAACAAAAUAAUUUAAAACAUCCAAUGUUAUAAAAAAACUAAUUUGUUAAAGUUUCAAUUUUAUUUUAUUCAAGAGUCAGUUAUUUUUAUGAAAUUUAUAUACAUUUCGUAAAAUAAAAAUUAAAAUAAGAUUAAUUUAGUUUUAUAUUUUCUACUUUACGCUAAUUGCCAUUCUUUUAGAACCAAAUCAAAAAUUUAAUUGUCCUGAAGAAUUUCAAAUAACUAAUUAAGAAUAAAUUAUAAAUAAAUGAAAUCUAUAAAGUAAAAGUCUUAAUCGGUAUUAAGUAUUUAUUACAUAUAAGCAUUUAUACAAUACGAAGUAUUUUUUUUAGACAUGACUGGUAUUAUUAGUGUCCUCAUUUUUCUUAAAUAUGUAGAAACAUUCUUCCUUACCUCAAAAAAAAACGUUGGUAUUACGCAUUGCUACAAAAACAAAAAAAAGAUUUUCUUAGAAAUUGUGAAUUUAAAAACAAAGGGAAAUAGGUUCACUGACGGAAAAAUAAAAUAAAUAAUUAUAACAGCCAACCUAGACCGCAGAAUAAGACCCAAAUAUUUAAUUACACACGCAGGAAAUAAUAAUUUCUGUAAAUGAAACUCGUCAUUAAAUUUUUCCAAUCGAUCGUUGUGUAAAGAAAAAAAUAACAUCGAAAACGAUCGGAAAACAAGAAAAAAAAAUUUACGUACAAGAUUUUUCCUCUCACAUUACACAGCAUAAUGGGAAUUUCAUCUUUUUUUUGUGCUACAAUAUCGCGAUUAAUAUCAAUAAUAAUUAGACGAUACAUCUUGAAAGUGUGCAGAAAAAAAUCAAAAUUCUGUCCAGGAAAAAAUAAUUUUUACAAUAGAUAAAGAAAAAAAUUCAUUUGAAAAAAAUUAAUAAAAUAUAAAAAAAAGGAAAAAAUUUAUAAACGAGGUUUAAUGAAAAUGUUCACAAUGCACCGGUAUUUAAAAUUUUUAGCUAAUUCUCGAAAUAAUUAAUAAAAAGUUCUACGAUUUGAUUUGUGGCGAAAGAAACUUUUUCUUAAACUCUCGUUUUUUUUUUUGAUUUAUAGAAUUAAUAUAUUUAAAAAAAACGCACACGCGCAAAUUUUAUCGUCUCGAUAAAUACGUUUUUUUUAUAUCUACGGUGUAACUAGCACGUGGCGUAAAUAAACACGCACAUUGCAAGCACGAAUUUAAACAUCACUUGCCAUAGAAUGCAUUUUGUUUCGUUUCUCAUUUUUUUAAACAUUUACAAUAAAAAUAUAUAGCCACCAAAGGAAUAUGUUAGUAAUUCUAACUUUACUUCACACAGAAAUUUCUUUUUUUUUCUAAGAUUGAUCUCAAUAAAUACAAAUCUACAGCAUCGAAGUAUUAGAAAGAAUAAAAAGAAAGAACAUUUAAAAUUUUUAAAAAGAAGAUAUUUUACACAAAGAUAUUCUCGAUGAAAUAUUCCCUUGAAUUUCAAUUUUAUUUUCAUUUUUCAACUUUUUCGAUUUCCAUUUUUACAGUACUUUACAUUUUAACACUUUACAAACUAAAAAAAGUACUAUUUCAAUUUUUGUAAAUAAUUUUCGAUCGAAUACAUUUUUUCGAAUGUAUCAUUAAUUUUUUUUUCUCUGAAAGAAUCUAAUUUUCUCGAGGAAAAUCGGAGAUUUCAGUCUGUCACGAGGGAAUUUUUGAUUUUUUCACAAUCACAUUUUCUGAAAGAUAAACUAGGAUAAAAAUAAAUUAAUAAUUAAUAAAUUUAAAUAAAUUCUAUAAUUUAGAAUAAUAAUAUUUUAAUUCUGAAUUUUAAUAAUUCAAUUUAAUUAAAUUAUAAAUAAAAUGAAUUAUUAAAAUUUAUUAAUAAUAAUAAUAAUAAUAUAAUAAUAAGGAUAAUAACGAUGAUAAUAACUACUAAAAUAAUGCAAUGGUAUUUCAAGAUCUCUAUUAAAAGAUCAAGAUUCAAAUCAAAAAUGAUUUGCCAUUACUUUAAGGAAUUAUUUGGUUAUUAAAUUACAUAUUUAAAUAUUAAAUUCGAUAAUAAUCAUCGUCCGUGUGGGGAUUAUAAAUUCGAGAAUAUUAAACAGAUAAUAUCGAUGCUGUACAUUUGUAGAAUAAUAAUAAUAUAGCCAUGCAACAAAACAAUUAUCAUCACAGUUUAAAAACUAAUGUGGUAAAUUUACGAAAUCGCAAAUAACAA